AUGUAGGCCAUGUAUCAUAAAAUGAAAACUGCAUAACAACGGAUGACUACGUUUAUUGAUCGACAUAUGAAAAAGCGCAUGCAACAUUUUAAUAUAUAUUACAAUGGCCGGUAAAACUUCGAGUAGCUCAUUGAGAACAUUAAAUGGACUUUUUGAUUUACCCAAAAUGAAUCAUCGAAGAGACUUUUUGCGCGAAAAUAAACUUAAUCUGAAAGAAUUGCAACGAACCACCGCUAAUAAACUAAUGCAAACUAAGCAUGAGAAAGAAAGGAAGUUACAGCAAUUGCACCCGAAAUUUCAAAAACAGCAGGAACAACAUGUGGCUCGUAGAUCGGCUUCGAAGCACAAAGUGGCUUUGGAAAGCAAAGACGCCCUGAGAGGAGAAAUGCAGCACCAGUUGCCUCAACAGCCCACCAGAAGGUCAUAUAGUUUUCAUAAAGCCGCCGCAUCAAAUAAACUCGCCAAUAAUUGUCAUGAUAAUGACAAAUGUUGUUUAAAUCCUGCCUCAUCUGUAAAGUGUCCUAGAAACGGCAGUGCUACGUCUGCGAAUUCGAAAUUUGAAGCUUGUGAUAAAAGUAUACAAACCGAAGAUAUAUACGAUGAAGAAUUCCUAUAUGAAGCUUUAAAAAAAUGCAGCUUAAGUGAUUUUAAAGGUAACAAUGUUUGUCCGCAAAGCACUCACGAAAAUGACACGUCCUCCCAUCUUGAGUAUAACUGCAAUAACAACGAGCUUAAGAAAGAAAACUUAAAAUCCACUAAGAGUUAUCAAGGGCUUGAAGGUAGUGCACAACUUUCGCAUUUAUUACAUAAUGGGUAUGCAGAGAAAUCUCCGGAACUCGUUCCUGCUGAAGAAAACAACAAUCUCGGCGAGCACAUGCCAACUAUGAAUAUCGAUCAAAAUAUUCUACCCAAACUAGAAGAAUUAUCGAGUGGCCGAAGUCGUCAGACAGCUUGUUCUCAAGUCAGUAAGAAAAGAUACACCGGCAGCGUGCAAAAGUUGGGCUCUCGAGACAGCAUUCGUUUACCUCGAUAUUUACAAAAGGAAAAACGAGAAAAAGAAGAAGAACGGCUAAAAGAACUGUCUCGUGAUAUCAAUUGUCCGUUCGGUCAUUAUGCGCUUACCGAAGAAGAACGUGUUUUAGCUUUAAAUAAUGCUGAGAAAAAAAUGUCUUCUCUGGUUCAAGAACUUAAUCGCAUGCCCAUGACCACGGAAACUCUGCGGAUUCGUAAUCGCAAAAUGGAAAUUGAAAGAGAAUUAACCAAAAUUGAAUUCGAUAUACGUUUAUAUUCGAAACCAAAAGUUUACGUACCUUUACCAGUGGACUAAUGUUUUUUUUUAAAUGAAUCGCCAUCACAAGCGAUUCUUAACGUAAGCAGUAUUUAUUUCUAACCAUAUUGGCAGUAGAAUUACAUUUAAACAAUCACUCAACAAGUACCUCGUUAGCAUUACAACUUCAUGAUUAUAAAAAAAAAAAAAAAAAAAAAUAUUGCAUUAAUCUUAUAACGAAUUGCAAAAAUAUACUACAUAUUGCAAAAAUAAAAAAGAUAAAAAGAGAGAUAAUACCCGUGGAUGGUGCCGUGAUACGACCGUUUAUUAAAAAACGAAACAUCGAAUAUUCUAGCAGAGUGUAACACCCAUCUGCAGUUAACAAAACAUACUGGAAAAAUAAUGAAAAUAAUACUUUAAACUCCCGAAGAGAUUUGCUGAGAAAUCUCGGAGAAAUUAAUUUAAAAACUUUCGGAUUUUGCCAGGGUAUGAACAAAAAAUUCAAUGGCAAAUCUGUUGUUAAACUUAUACGCUUCCCAUUCGUAUGUGUGCUUUGAAAGAAU